CUCCUCCCCUUUCGGCAACGGCACAUGCAAACAUCUCGCAGCGCCCUUCCUCUCCCCCGUCUUUCUAAACCUCCUCUCAAACCCUGGUUAUCUAGUAACCAGGGUUACUUUAACCCCACUCCUGCCUUUUAUUCUGCCUAGUAUUCUCUCUCCCUUCCUCACUGCCUCCCACCAACUGCCCAGCUCCAUAGUCGUAUCAGGGAGCUAGAGAGUGAGGGUGUGGUAGAGAAGAAAGAAGAGCAUCAGUAGUAUCGGCAGACACUAGCUAAGACGCAUAAGAGUCCCCCAAUGGCUUAUCUCCUGCUACCUUUGCUGUUCGCCUUCAUGGUUUCGUUGGCCGCGGGCGAUGGGCACAACAUAACGGCGAUCUUGGAUGGGUUUCCGGAGUACUCGCUGUACAACAGCUACCUGAGCCAGACGAAGGUGUGCGAUGAGAUCAACUCCCGGGAGACGGUGACAUGCCUUGUCCUCCCCAACGCCGCCAUGUCCGCCCUCGCGGCCAAGCAGUCCCUGGCCGGCAUCAAGAACGCCCUCCGUCUCCUCACCCUCCUCGACUACUUCGACCCCCAGAAGCUCCACGACCUUCCCCACGGCUCUGCCCUCACCACCACCCUCUACCAGACCACCGGCGACGCCACCGGCAACUCCGGCUUCGUCAACAUCACCAACCUCCGCGGCGGCCGCGUCGCCUUCGCCGCCGCCACCCCCGGCUCCAAGUUCGACUCCUCCUAUACGAAAUCCGUCCGCCAGGUCCCCUACAACCUCUCCGUCCUCGAGAUCUCUGCACCCAUCGUCUUCCCGGGUCUCCUCGACGCCCCCUCGGCUGCUGCCUCCAACCUCACCGCCCUCCUCGAGAAGGCUGGCUGCAAGACCUUCGCCUCCCUCGUGGUCUCCUCCGGCGUCCUCAAGAUCUUCCAGUCCGCCAUGGACAAAGGCCUCACCCUCUUCGCCCCCAACGACGAGGCCUUUAAAGCCCCCGGAGUCCCCGAUCUCAGCUCCCUCUCCAGCGCCGAGCUCGUCACCCUCCUCCAGUACCACGCCCUCCCCACCUACACCCCUAAGGCCUCCCUCAAGAUCGCUAAGGGCCGGAUCGCCACCAUGGCAUCCAGCGGCGCCGGCAAGUACGACUUCUCCGUCGUCUCCCGUGGCGACGACGUCUCCCUCGACACCGGCGUCGACACCUCCCGCGUCGCCAGCACCGUCCUCGACGACACCCCCGUCUGCGUCCUCACCGUAGACAACCUCCUCCUCCCUUCCGAGCUCUUCGGCGGCGCGCCGGCGCCAGCACCGGGACCCGUGGCGCUGACGCCAUCCUCGGCACCCGCCUCUGCCCCUGGCCCGGUCAAGGAGGCUCCCGCACCCGCCCCGAAGGCCAAGGCGCCCUCGCCGAUGCCUCUGUCCCCGCCGGCCCCGCCGACGUCCGCCCCCGGGGCGUCGCCGGUGGGAUCUCCGGAGUCUGCCGCGGACAAGGCGGCGGACGAGAAGUCUGGUGCUGCGAGGCCACUUGGAACCCUAGCGGUGUCGGUCUCCGCGUUGUUGGCGCUGGCUUCCUUCUUGGGAGCAGCUUAUAGCAUCUGAUUGGAGUCUCAAGUGGUUUUAAGCGAGUGAAGGACCGUCACAUCCGUUCAACACCGCUUGCUUUCUUUGUUUUCUCUCUGGUUGGUUAGUUGAUUUUUUUUUUUUUCUUUUUGUUAGUUGAGAGAUGAUGGUGAUGCUGGUUUUGUUUCGGACUUGGUAUGGCACAUGGAUUUGGUCUUUUAUAUUUCUUUGUUCUUCUUUUAUAUUUUUGAUUUCUUAUUCUGGGAGCUAAGUUCGUGGCUAGCUGAAAGAAACCUUUUCUUCUUCUAGCUCUUGUCACUCGUGUUUACUGGGUUUCCAUGGAGAUGUGGCAGAAGCGAACGGCUGUAUGAUUAUUAUGCUGUUCCUUAUUAUUUUUUUCCUUCUUCCGGAGGGGGAAAAAAAAAAAAAGGCUUCUAGAGGGGUGUAAAUUUUUUAAUUUUGUUUUUUAUAUAUAUUUUUGAAGAAAUAAAAACAGUUAGAAGCUUUGG